UUUGUAUCGUCCGUUUUCCGUUUUUUUUUUUGUAUCCCCGAUUUUUGAAAUAAACUGAGGUCCACCCCUCGGGAGGCGGGUAGCUGCUAGCUAAACGAAUUAGCUUCGAUCCAAAGCGCUUUCGAUUUCAAGGGUUUCGAAAAACGAUAAUAUAAGAGAUGGCCGAGAACGAGGACAUUCAGCCUCUCGUCUGCGAUAAUGGAACAGGAAUGGUUAAGGCUGGGUUUGCUGGGGAUGAUGCUCCAAGGGCCGUCUUCCCUAGCAUUGUUGGUCGCCCCCGCCAUACAGGUGUUAUGGUUGGAAUGGGACAGAAAGAUGCUUAUGUUGGGGAUGAGGCUCAGUCCAAGCGUGGUAUUUUGACUCUCAAAUACCCUAUUGAGCACGGAAUUGUUAGCAACUGGGAUGACAUGGAGAAGAUUUGGCAUCACACCUUCUACAAUGAACUUCGUGUCGCUCCCGAAGAACAUCCAAUUCUCCUCACUGAGGCACCACUCAAUCCCAAAGCUAAUCGUGAGAAGAUGACCCAGAUUAUGUUUGAGACCUUCAAUGCACCAGCUAUGUAUGUAGCCAUUCAAGCUGUUCUUUCCCUUUACGCCAGUGGUCGUACAACCGGUAUUGUGCUUGAUUCUGGAGAUGGUGUCAGUCACACAGUCCCCAUCUACGAGGGAUAUGCACUUCCACAUGCUAUCCUACGUCUUGAUCUUGCUGGCCGUGACCUGACUGAUGCCCUCAUGAAAAUUUUAACUGAGCGUGGUUAUUCAUUCACCACCUCAGCAGAGCGUGAAAUUGUGAGAGAUAUGAAGGAAAAGUUGGCGUACAUUGCCCUUGACUAUGAGCAAGAAUUGGAAACCUCAAAGACCAGCUCUUCAGUUGAGAAGAGUUACGAGUUACCUGAUGGUCAGGUGAUCACCAUCGGCAACGAGCGUUUCCGAUGCCCAGAAGUGCUUUUCCAGCCAUCCAUGAUCGGUAUGGAAGCUGCUGGUAUUCAUGAAACCACAUACAAUUCCAUCAUGAAAUGUGAUGUUGACAUCAGGAAAGAUUUGUAUGGAAACAUUGUGCUCAGUGGUGGUUCAACCAUGUUCCCCGGCAUUGCUGAUAGAAUGAGCAAGGAGAUCUCUGCGUUGGCCCCGAGCAGCAUGAAGAUUAAGGUGGUUGCACCGCCUGAAAGGAAGUACAGUGUGUGGAUUGGAGGUUCCAUCUUGGCAUCCUUGAGCACUUUCCAGCAGAUGUGGAUUGCCAAGGCUGAGUAUGAUGAGUCUGGUCCUUCAAUUGUCCACAGGAAGUGCUUCUAAUCACAAGCAAACACAUGUCAAUUUCGGUUUGGUACGAUUUUACAUGAGAAUGAAAUUGCUGCUUGAAUUUCCCUUCGUUCAACCCUGAAUUUCCAAUUUUGCUUUCUUUUUGUACCUUCUCUUAUCAUAAUGUAUGGUCAACCUUUAAUGGAAGGAGUGAUAGCUGGUCUUUUUGUUAAUCAUUCAGUUAUCAUUUGUAAGCCUUAGUCAAUUAUGUUUCGUUUCAUUCCUUAUUAUAGCCUUUUGGUACUGAGUCAAUUAUGUUUCGUUUCAUUCCUUAUUAUAUUGUGAUCGUUGAGGAAAUUUGAAUAA